UACGAUUUUAUUUUAUCGAACAUUUUUUUAAUAGUAAUCAGUUAGAUAUAUAAAAAUGAAUUUUAUUUUAAUUAAAAUAAAAAAUAAUAGAUAUAAUUAAAUUGAUUUUUUCCUGAGAAUAAAAUGAAAAUUAGAGUUAUUUAUUUAAUUAAUUAAUGUAAUAUAUUAUUUAAAAACGUGUCAGUUAGAGAAAUAAUGUUCGAUUUGAUAAAAAGAAUAAAAUAAAAUUUGUUUUUUAAAAAUUUAGAUGAUCUUGUUGAACGUUGAAAUGAAUGUGAAUAUUUAUUUAAUAGUCAAUAUGAUUUAAUAGAAAAUGUUAAUACAAUAAAUCGAAAAGAAAAUCCAUCUCGAUCAUUAUUAUAUGCUCAUUCGGAUAAAUAUCAUGAUUUUAAUUGGAUAUUACAUGUUUAUUCAUUAGAUGAUAAAUCAAAAUCAUUUAUUAAAUAUUUAUCAUCAAUGACUUUUUCAACAAAAUCCUCAUUAUGGAAUGAUAUUGAAUUAAAAGAUAUUUUAUCAUAUAAAACAAUAUUAUCAAUUCAAUCAAAUAUAAAUAAUUCCUUAUCACCAAUAAAUAAUUUAACUCCAAUGUGUAUUCAAUCAUCAAAUAAAACAAAUGUAUCAAGAAAAGUAUUUCAAUCGAAUACAACAGAUCAAUUAACAAUAAGAUUUAUUAUUUGA